AUGAUCAGUCUUUUCUCAAUCUGUCUGUUCUUCAUUCUAUUAAUUCCAGUAAGAUUUCUCUACAAUUUAUGGUGGAUUCCGUUUCGUGUGAAAAAUAUACUGCAAUCGCAAGGACUUAAAGGCCCUGCUUAUAAAUUCAUCCAUGGAAACACGAAAGAGAUUAUCGAGAUGAAGAAACAAGCCAGAAGCAGUCCCAUGGAUGUGUCAUCGCACGACAUAUAUCCCCGAAUCCACCCUCACCUGUACUUAUGGAUGAAGUUAUAUGGUCAGAAUUUUAUUAUGUGGGAUGGUGCUAGACCUCAAAUUGUUGUUUCUGAACCUGAGCUGGUUAAAGAAAUCCUGAUCAAUAAAGAAGGUAAAUAUGGAAAAAUUAAACCCGGACGUUAUUUGAAUAAGUUGUUAGGGGAAGGAAUAGUUAUAGCAGAAGGUGAAAAAUGGUCAAAGUUGCGGAAACUGGCCAACCAUGCUUUCCACGGAGAGAGUUUAAAGGAUAUGGUUCCAUCGAUGAUCGCAAGCGUGGACACUAUGUUGGAGACAUGGAGAAAAUAUGAAGGCAAAGAGAUUGAUGUGGGCGAGCAAUUUAGGUUUCUGACCUCAGAUGUAAUAUCGAGGACUGCUUUUGGUAGCAGUUACUUGGAAGGGAGAAAAGUAUUUGAGACGCUAACAAAACUAUGUGUUAUAAUAUCCAGAAAUGCUCACAAGAUUCGAUAUUUUGGCAUCGAAAAACUCAUUCGAUCGCAGAACGACGUUGAAGCAGACGAAACUGAGCAAUUGCUCCACGAUUCCAUCAUGGCAAUAGUGAAGAUGAGAGAAGACGAAGUAAAGGCAGGUCGAGCAGAUAGCUUUGGAACUGAUUUUCUUGGAUCGCUCCUAAAAGUUCAUCAUGACAUGGAUAAGAAAAACAGAAUAUCAGUAGUUGAUCUUAUUGAUGAAUGCAAGACAUUUUAUUUUGCUGGACAAGAAACAACUUAUAGUUUACUAUGUUGGAGUAUUCUUCUUCUUGCGAUUCACACAGAUUGGCAAGAGAGAGCAAGAAAAGAGGUGCUUGAACUAUUCGGACAAGAAAAUCCAAACUCAGAGGGCAUUGCAAGACUGAAAACUGUGACCAUGAUUAUUUAUGAAACUCUAAGGCUAUAUAGCCCUGUUGUGGCUAUUUCACGACACAUACAUAGGAAUGUCCAAUUGGGGAAAUACGAACUUCCAGGUAAUAUGGAUUUGAUUAUUCCAACUCUGGCACUCCAUCGUAAUUUUGAAAUAUGGGGUGAAGAUGCUCAUCUUUUCAAACCGGAGAGAUUUGCAGAAGGAUCGGCUAAAGUUGGAAAUAUUAACUCCAUGGCAUACCUUCCAUUUGGUUAUGGACCUCGAGCGUGUGUGGGCUUAAACUUUGCGGCUAAUGAAGCUAAGAUUACACUCUCGAUGAUCCUUCAACGUUAUAAGUUCUCAUUAUCUCCAAAUUACGUUCAUGUACCUUUCCAGGUACUCACGGCUCAGCCUGAAAAAGGUGUUCAGGUCUUGCUCCAUUCAUUGUGAGUUGUAGCAGUUGAUAGUAAGAUCCAUCUUGAACAGGUUUCAUGGAAACAAUCUUAAGUUAUGAGCAAUUGGAAAUUUUAUCAGUUCAUGGCUUAGAUUUUGAGAGAUUCCUGAGUCAGAACUACUGGAUAACUAACGAGUGUCAACAGGAUAUACUCGAAUUAUAUAUUUUUAAAUAAUGAUUGCAUGCUUUCAAUCAAUAAUUUCCUUGAGAUCACAAUUAUUCUUUAAUUUUCUGCACUGUGACCGUGGAUGAGAAUGAGCAUGUGAAACAUAUUUUCAUGAUUCCAAUUUUGGCUUCACUCGAAAUAUAUAAGAUUGAUACCCAGAAAAUGCAUCACCGACAGCAAAAUGAGAAACAUGAUAUUGAUCGUAAUCCCAUGUCCUCAACAAUAUUUUGUUAAACUGAAGUGAUUGAGUUUUGCUUCUAAAGCAAUAUGGCCUUCAACAUUCUUUUUAGUACUUUAAUUGCUGUACUCAAGUCAGAUUAGAAGCUGAUACUGUUGCUUCUUCGUUAAUCCUAAUGAAAGUUAACGAUUAUCUAUGCUGAAGGAUUAACUAAAGUGCUUGAAGUCCUCCUACCUUCCUUCUCUUGAGCUUAAUAGUUGUGCUACCAAUAUUAUAUCAUCUUCUUUGUCUGCACAGUUAUUUGCCUUUGGUCUCUCGUCUAGGUUCAUCCUAGACUCUGGCCUCCUCGCCUUAGUCUCUUCGGCACUGUGCUUGUGGCUCUGUGCUUGCGUGACAACUCUGUGGAGUAUGGUGCAUGUGUCUGCACAGUUGUUGCCUUAACAGCUUUGGCCUUCCCGUUGUUGGGACUUGAUGAUCAUACUUGAAAAUGUAAGAUGUGGUUUAUGGUACUGGCCUUAACCAAAUGCCUCUAGCAUUAGUUCCUCGACUGGACAGACUUUUUCUAUAGUGUCCUUUGACAAACAUCGUAUUCUUUACCAAUCUUCACCAUAUGCCCGCAGUCUUAGUUCCUUGACUGCAGUACUCAUUCCACAGUGCCCCUGACACAUAUUGAAGCAAAAUCCCACAGUCAAACCAACGGUUUCCAUUCACUCUGCAGAGAACUUGAAGGUAAUUGACUUCUUUCUGUUCAGUUUCAACAAAUCAAAUUUGAAAAAAUAAAUACUCUUUGUUCAUUCUCAUGGUUACUGCGAUCAUUGCGAGUGUUGAAAGUAUGCUCGAAAAAGGGAGGGAUUAUGAAGGCAAAGAAAUUGAUGUAUGCAAAGAAUUCUUGGCUUUGGGUUCAGAAGUGAUUUCCAAGACAGCUUUUCAAAGCAGUUACUUGGAAGGGAACACGGUUGGGCUUCAUCGUUAUGAAAAGCGCUGAAAAGUUUCGAUUUCCUGGCAUCGAGAAAUUUUCCAGCUCUAUAUUUAAACAUAGUGUUGAACUACUUCAAAUUAGUACAUAAUCUUCA